AUGCAAGAUAUGAGUAGACAAAGAGUUACACACAAAACAUGGAAACGUAUCAUUCUAGUGCACAUCCUAAUUAAUACAUUUUAUAUGAUAAAAGUACUUGCAAGAUUGGAGCUUGAAGAGAUCUUUGAGAUCAUGAGUCUAACAUUUGGAGAGAAUAAUUUAGUAGUAGCAAAGGACGGCCCAUUGAAUUUCAUGCGAGGAUAUCUAUAUUGUAAGAACUCGUAUAUCAUAAACCAAAGACUAUAUUCGCCAAAUAUAAAUAUACAGCACUACUUAGCAGUAAAGGAAGAGUCUCAAGCCCCCAAUUGGGAUUUCUAUGGGAUUAGAAUUCCGCACCACGAUAGACCAUGCUAUAAGCCAUUUAUAAAUCUGAUUAAAUACAACAACCCACCACAUGGUUUGAAUGCAUUUAGUAUAGAAAGGUAUAUCUACCAAUUAAGUAACGUGUUUAUCUUAAUGUUCUCAACUCUUGGGAAGGGUGUGGGAAUUGAAUUUCCAACUAGUAAUGCAUUCAUUAGUGCAUUUAGGUUAGAUGAAUUCAAAGAUCACCAGAACCACUUUCUGGCAGCGCUGUUUCUGAUGGCAGAGAAUUUAACUGUGCCUAUGCACAUUGAGACUGUUGGGUCUGCCACAUACGUUGUUCUUAAAAAGGGAGAAAAAUCUGAAGAGCACUUUAGAAUUGAAUUGCAGGAUGUGUUGUAUACAAGGCAGGGGGUAUAUGGUUCAAGCAACCGCAACAAAAGUCUGUGCGAGAUUGUUUUAUUCUUUAUGGAGUACUGCAAUGCACCGGUUAUUAAUGCGUUUGGAUUAAAUGCAGAUCCAAUGACAGAGGACAGUUUUAAAAAUGGGGCAUUCCUGUGCAGCAUGAAAUUCCUCAUACAAGCGUAUGUCUUUGAAUUUGUGGAUUCAGUGCAGCAGGCAGAAGGAUUCCUUAGGGCGGUGUAUGAGAUCUUAAAUGAAUGCAGUGGUAUAUUUGGCACUGGGCACGAAACUGCAACACAAAUAUUAAACAAAUGCUUUAUUCAGCCAACAGAUGACUACAGAAAUACAAUUGCAGAGGAUUAUAAGAACGCAAAGGAGCUUGUUACUAUUCUAAAAAAACAAGUUUUCCCUCCAUUCAUAUCAUUCAGAUGGUCCAAAACCAUAUUUUCACUGCCAGUUAUUCACAGAGAAGGAACUGCGUAUGUGCAUAGUUUUAAAAGUAUUUUUUUGAAUGGAAAUGAUGCAAGCAUUCUUAAACUCAUUCUUUCACUCUUAUACAAUCCAGAGACAGACGAGUAUGAUAUAAGCCAUAUUCCAAAUCCAUCACAGAAGUUCAAGGAGUUCUUCAGGAAGUAUAAAAAGCCAAAAGAGUUCUUUACGCUGCGCAUGUAUAUGGACUGGAAUGAGGUUGUUUCCCAUUUACCUAACCCGAAUAUAAUAUACCAAGUGCCUGGAAACAAUUUAAGGUGUGGUUUUGUUAAUAUGCUUCAGGCAAUUCGUGAAAUAACUGGUUUUUCAUCCGUGGAUACCCCCAGACACAGAGACUUUGAUAAAAUCCUGACUGCAAACAAACCGUACACGAAGAAGCAGAAAAGUGAAUUAUUUGGAUACAUGGAAUAUCUUUUUACAGAAAUAUCCAUUUUCACGCCAAGUAUUAUAAAAUAUUCAAUGUUUCCAGCUAAUAAUAACUACUGCUAUGAAAGGGUAGAAUACAUUGGGUGGGCAGAUAUAAUUCUAGGAAGCGGCUUAACAAGAAGAACAAUCAUGCUUUCCAUAUCUAAAACUAAGAUAUUUAUGGGUGUAAAAACUCCAAAACCAUAUAUUUCAGAUGAAGAUGACCAGAAACUAGUGGACAUGCGGAAUAAAUACAAGUCUGGCAACACAUUCUAUUCGCAUCUGCAAUAUGAAUAUGUCAAAACAAUUUCCAUGCUAGUUAAAAAUCCUGCAGAAAUUUUUAGAGAAGAAGUUGCAAAAUUCGAAAUUACUAAGCUUAUUAGAAAUAACUUUGUGGAAUACAAUAGGCUGCUAAUGCUUGGGAGUGUGAUUUCCCAAAAUGUUAUUACAAAAGUAUUUAUAAUUUUUAUUGUUAAUUUAUACCCGCAUAUACACCAUGAACAACAUCCAAUGAUAGUAUUUACUUCAAAUUUAAUUCCAUACACAAGACUUGAUGAAAACAUAAGGGAACAUAUAACUGCUGCAAUAGAGCUUUCUGGUCUCUCUCUGUUCUACCCAAAUUUUAUAACCAAUCAAAAUAUAGAUUCCUUUCUUUUCACAACUCUAAAUCAAUGCAAGAUAAUCUACGAUGAAGCAGAUGCUAUGAGAACUCCUUUCGAGCUAUCAAAGUUUAUUUGCAAAAAGAUAAAAGAAAAAUCUAGCCGCGACAUUAUUUCAACAGAGUUCAUGAUGAUACACCAAUUUUAUAAUAUCCUGAUAUUUUGGCGGUUAUUUUCAGACAAUUUGCCAGAUAAUGCCAUAAAAAUAUUGGAAAUGGUGAGGUAUCAUAACCCUUAUAUGGGUAGUCUGCUGAGUGACAUUAUAUGUGGCGUUUGGUUGAUUUACAUGUAUAGGUAUAUGCCAAGAUUAACAAACUGCAUAGAUGUAUUAUACACGUAUAUAAUUGCACCAAGGCUACCAACAAAUAUUCUUAAUUACAUUAUUGUAGAUGGAGUGCCAAGCGAGUGCUACAAGGAGAUUCUGUCUAUAAUACAUAUGCAAAUAAAAGAGAGAGCAGAAAGAAGAGAGGCAAUUGAGUCCCUUAAACAAUGCAGGCAAUAG